AUGCCUAUUUCAGCAUCGAAAGCCAGAAGAGAAGCAAAAAGAGCAAAGAAAGCUAAGGAGGGAAAGCUGAAGGGAAAAAAAUUGUCGAAGAGAGAAAGACAAAAGCUUGAGACGGCCGAUGAUGUUGAUGAUGUCACUUCAAAGAUUGCAGAUAUGAAGUUGCAAAAGGAUAAAGAAGGAUUGUCCGAUCGUGUGACAACAGGUGUGUUGGAUUCUCUUCAAACUUCGUUGGAUGUUAAAAUGUCUUCUGUGUCAUUGCUAUUUCACGGUAAAGUUAUGAUUCAAGAUUCUCAUCUUGAGCUCAACUAUGGCAGAAGAUAUGGUUUGGUUGGAGAGAACGGAUGUGGUAAAUCAACUUUUUUGAAGGCCAUUGCUGCAAGGGAAUACCCUAUUCCAGAAGCCAUCGAUAUUUAUUUAUUGGAUGAACCAGCUGAGCCAACCGAGUACUCUGCGCUGGAGUAUGUCGUCAGAGAAGGUAAGGCAGAAUUGGCAAGAUUGGAGAAAGAGGUUGAAGAUAUUAUUGUUGAGCAGGGACCUGAUUCCGAGAUGUUGGAUCCAUUGUACGAAAGACUGGAUGACAUGGAUGCAUCUACAUUUGAGAGUAGAGCAGCAGUGAUGUUGACUGGUUUGGGAUUUAAUAAAGAAACUAUCAAGAAGAAGACGAAAGAUAUGUCUGGUGGAUGGAGAAUGAGAGUAGCUUUGGCUAAGGCAUUAUUCAUCAAGCCAACCCUUCUACUUUUGGAUGAUCCUACGGCACACUUGGACUUAGAAGCUUGUGUGUGGUUGGAAGAGUACUUAAAAAGAUUUGAUAGGACAUUGAUCAUAAUUUCGCAUUCCCAGGAUUUCUUGAACGGUGUGUGCACAAAUAUCCUUGAAAUGAGAAGCAAGAUUUUAACUAUGUACAGCGGUAACUACGACAUUUAUAUUAAAACGAGGGAGGAACUUGAAACAAACCAGAUGAAGCAAUUCAAGAAGCAGCAAGAUGAAAUUGCUCAUAUCAAGAAGUUUAUAGCACACGCUGGUACAUAUGCAAACUUGGUUCGUCAAGCAAAGUCUAGACAAAAGAUUUUGGAUAAAAUGGAGUCUGAUGGUCUUAUUCAGGCUGUCGAGGAGGACAGAGUGUUCCAUUUCAGAUUCCCCGAUGUCGAAAAACUUCCACCACCUGUUCUUUCAUUUGAUGACAUAUCAUUUUCGUAUGAUGGUAACCCGGAGCAUAAUUUAUACGAGAACUUAACAUUUGGUGUUGAUAUGGACUCGAGAAUUGCUUUAGUUGGUCCAAAUGGUGUCGGUAAAUCCACAUUGUUGAAACUUAUGGUCGGAAAGUUGAUGCCACAGACUGGUAGAGUUUCAAAACACACACAUAUAAAGUUAGGUGUUUACUCGCAGCAUUCCGCUGACCAGUUGGAUUUAACCAUGUCUGCCGUUGACUUUGUUAGGUUCAAGCAUUCCGAAAUUUCCCAGGAUCCUCAAUACUGGAGAGGGCAACUUGGAAGAUAUGGAUUAACCGGUGAAGCCCAGACUGCUAAAAUGGGUACUCUUUCUGAAGGUCAAAAGUCCAGAGUUGUCUUUGCUUUGUUGGCCAUGGAUGCUCCAAAUAUUCUUCUUUUAGACGAGCCUACUAAUGGAUUGGAUAUUCCAACUAUCGAUUCUUUAGCUGAGGCUAUUAAUGCUUACACUGGUGGUGUUGUUGUUGUCUCCCAUGACUUCCGCUUGAUUAACAAGGUUGCCAAGGAAAUUCUUGUGGUGGAGGACAAGACCGUGACCAAAUGGGAAGGAACCAUAUUGGACUACAAGAAGAAAUUGGCGAAGAACGUUGUGUUGUAA